AUGGAUAAACUACAGCUCACACUUCAAGCGAUUCAGCACCAAAGUACCCAUAUCAUCAACCAAUACACCCAACACCCCUGGCUCUACACCGCAGCAUGCCUUGCAGCCUACCUCGCCAUCACCCUAUCCCUCCGCUUCCAACGCCUCCGCAGCAUCAGAACGAAAUACCGCAAGUACUCAACCCGGGAAUCCAUGGCCAGCAUGACCGACCACGACGCCUGGGCCAUCCAGAAACAUAUGCUCCAGCUCGAGUUUCCAUUCACAGCGCUGAAAGCCCUCCAGUUUGCUCUCUUCCGCGUACCCUACCCCUACUCCCCCCUCACCUCAUAUAGUUCUAAUACUAACGAAGUCCAGACAUACGGCAUCCCCAGCAUCUCCACCCUCCUCCUGCAAACCUCCCAAUUCUCCAACCCCACAACCAGCUUCAAACGCUACGCCGACACCGGCGUCCUAAUCGGCGAGUUCAUGGGCUUCGAGCCCACCUCCGAUAGGGCGAUCACCGCGCUCGCGCGCACAAAGCUCCUGCACGCGGGUUACCGCGCCAGUGGGAAGAUCCGCGAGGCUGACAUGCUGUAUACGCUUAGCCUGUUUGCGCUCGAGCCGGUGCGGUUCGUGGAGCGGUACGAGUGGCGGGGGUUGAGCGCGCUGGAGAAAUGCGCGGUAGGUACGUACUGGAAGAGUGUUGGGGAUGCGUUGGGGAUUAGCUAUGCGGUGUUGCCUGGUGGGGUGGAUGGGUUCCGGGAUGGAUUGCAGUGGUUGGAGGAGAUGGGGGAGUGGAGUCGGCAGUAUGAGGAAGAGAGGAUGAAGGCAGCGCCGGCGAAUCGGGAGGUGGCAGAGAAGACGAUGGAUGUGUUGGUUUAUGGGAUGCCGGGGUGGGUGAGGGGGGUUGGGGUGAGUGUUGCGACUUGUGUUAUGGAUGAGAGGUUGAGGGAGGCUAUGAUGUAUGAUCCGCCGCCGCGGGUGAUCAAGGCCAUAGUCGACGCUGGGGUGGCGAUUCGUCGAUUCUGCCUGCGGUAUCUUGCACUCCCGCGGCCGUACUUUAUGCGCCGUGAUGUGUUUACGGAAAAGCCGAAUGAGUACGGUCGACACCAUGUGCAGGUGUGGGACGGGAUGCCGUACUAUGUGCAGCCGACUCUGUGGAACCGAUGGGGUCCGUCGGCGUGGGUGCAGUGGCUGAUGGGAUUGCCGUUGCCUGGGGACGACGGCGACAAGUACUAUCCCCGGGGAUACUACACGCCGGAUGUUGGGCCCAAGUAUUUCGAGGGCAAAGGACGGAAGACCCUGGAGGAGAUCAAGGAGAAGUUGAGGGUGCAGAGGACAGGCAAGUCGCCGUUCAUUAAGCUAUAG